AGUGAAACUCUAUCUGGAUUAGUUAGAUUACAUGUCAUCGGUAUUAUCGGGUGAGUGGUUGAAAGGAGUAGAAGAAAGGUAAUACUUAUAAUUGAUAAUGGAGAAAGAAGAAGAAGUGAAGUUUGGGAGAUCUGUUAUAGUUCCAAGCGUACAAGAAUUAGCUAAAGAACCCAUUACCCAAAUCCCAUCAAGGUAUGUAAUCAGAUCAGAAAAUGAUGAUCAGCUUCAUCAAUCAUCUCUAUCUUCCAUACCCAUCAUUGAUCUUCACAAGCUUCUCUAUCAUCAUGAUUCUACUCACUCUGAACUUCAAAAACUUCACAUUGCUUGUAAGGAAUGGGGUUUUUUCCAGAUAAUAAAUCAUGGGGUUAGCAAUUCAUUGCUAGAAACGUUCAAGGAAGAAGUCAUCAAAUUUUUUGAGCUACCAAUUGAAGAAAAGAAGAAACUUUGGCAACAACCAUAUAAUCAUGAAGGGUUUGGGCAGCUGUUUGUGGUAUCAGAAACUCAGAAACUUGAUUGGUCUGAUAUGUUCUACAUAACCACUCUUCCUCUUCAUUUGAGAAGGCUUCAUCUUUUCAACAAUUUGCCUCAGAAAAUCAGGGAAACAUUGGAAGUGUACAUAGGAGCAAUGAAGAAAGUAGCUCAAACACUUCUAAAUGGGAUGGGCAAAGCAUUGGGAAUAAAAGAAAGUGAAAUGGUAGAGUUAUUCAGUGAAGGAGUUCAAUCAGUAAGAAUGAAUUAUUAUCCUCCAUGUCCAGAGCCUCACAAGGCUAUAGGCUUCACACCACACUCAGAUGCAGAUGCUCUUACCAUUCUUUAUCAGUUAAAUGACACUCCUGGGCUUCAGGUUCGGAAACAUGGAAAUUGGGUACCCAUUUGCCCCCUUCCGGAUGCUCUUAUCGUCAACAUUGGCGAUAUUAUGGAGAUAGUGAGCAAUGGCAUAUAUCGCAGCAUUGAGCAUAGAGCAACAGUGAACUCAACAAAAGAAAGACUAUCAGUUGCAACAUUUUACAGCUGUAAUCUUGAUUCUGAAUUAGGACCAGCAAAGAGCAUUCUUGGUCCCCUUAACCCUCCAAAAUUUAGAACUGAACCAGUGGAGCAAUACUUCAAAGGAUUCUUUGCUAGAAAACUUGAUGGAAAAUCAUACUUGGAAGCUAUGAGAUUACAUAAUGGAGUACAAGCUAAGGGAUCUUAACACUGUCAAGAAACCAACUCUUCAUCAUCAUAUUCAGUGUAUUCCACUUAUAGAAACUAUGAUUAGAGCCUGAAGAAGAAAUAGGCGACAACUCAAUCUCAUAAAGAAGAGAGUCAGAAAACCAACUCAAUUAAAAAUUAAUGCUGACGAUUGAAGUCCUAAAAUUCGUUGUAUAAUAUGUCAACAACAACUUAACGAUUGUUGCAAUAUAGAAACCCCUUUGUGUUUGUGGUACUAUUUUUAUAAAAUUAAAUUAGAAGUUUUAAUGUACUAUUAUUAAUCAAAUAACUUUUAUUAUACAAUUCUUAUAUGUUAAAUUUAUGCAUUUUUAUUUAUCUUU